UAUGGAGAUCUGCUCCAGCAUUUUGAAGAAUUUUCACUGAGCAACGAUAAUUUUGCAUUAUUCGUCCUUCUUGGCGCAUAUGCCAAUGAAAAAUUGUUCGAUGGUUUAUUGCUGAAAUGCGCUAUCUGGGAUCCGUGCAGAAAUAUUGUGCGACAAAUGACCACAAAGAAAUGUCAUGGGGUUAGACUUGUCUCAUCAACCCAAGAAAAAUAUCAUUUUUGGUUAUUUACUUUUGUGUUGCAUUUUCUGGAACGAACAGAUAUACGGGAUACGCUCAAAGAGAAACAUUUUUCACAGUAUUCACAGCUUCUCGCUAUGUAUGCUGCUGCAAUUAAAAAUAACCGUAUUUUGCGGGAUCGUAAUCCGUUAGUGUUCGAAAUCGCAUCAUGCGAACUGGGACUCUUCAUACGAGACCAUGAAGCUGGAAGAAAUCAUGAAAAUACUGUUAGUUAUCCUUUUUCCAUGUUAAAAUCAUAA